CUCCCUCCCAGUUCCCUGCCAGACUGUCCACAAAAACGUGGACUGUCUGUGGGUCCCAGAGAACUGGAUUGGGAAACACUGCACAAUAGGAGUGCAGUGAACUUGGAGCCUGUAACAGUAAACAUGGGGGGGGGUGGAGUUAAGAGAUGCCCAAUAUGGGAUUUCAGUAGCAUGGGGGGUGAGUUGAGAUGCCCAGUAUGGGAUAUCAGUAGCACUGUUGUAUUCAAUACUGGAUCUUUAAAUGUGUAAUAAUUAAACAUUUACUGGUCUGAAUUCUAGUUUGAAUACUUUUUACUGUAAAUAUACAUAUAAUUCACACAUAAGAAGGGUGUCAUAAUGACAGAAACAACCAGCACACAGCACAUGUAGGCAGGGGGACCUUUUCCUACACACUGACUAGUGUAGCUGUAGCUACCAAGCAAGCUUAGAGAAAGGUCAGCAGCCUUGCUGAUCCUUCUUUGGAGAGCCACAUGGAACACAGCGCUGGCCUUCCCAGACCCGGAGGCGGUCCUAUGUUUGGCUUCCUGUCCUCCCCGAAAGGCAGGAAGCGGAGGAAGGGAGUGCAUAAGGGUAGGAGGGAAAGAUAGGUGGCAUUAGCCGGACAUAACAGGCAAUCUGAAUAAGGCAAGCCACUGCCUGUGAAAGAGCCAAUGGGCUGUGCCAGACAGGCUGGGUCCGCAAUCGGCCUGGAUCUCAUGCAUACUCAGGGUUCCUCAGAUUUCUCCACAACUGCCAAAGAAACUUGAUACUACACCUCAACAUAUAGAAGGGUGUUCAUUCAGUCACUGUUUUUGAACCUGCGAGGAAGAGAGGCAUAACUGCUACAAAACUACUCCGCCAAAGAAGAAAUGUGUUGCUGUAGGUUGUCUGUGCCUGUGUGGAGACCGUGGCUUUUGUUACCUCUGGUGCUCAGCUGCCUGGCCCAGGAGCCGAAGCCCACCAGAUGGCCUCUGCUCUCCAAGAAGCCUGUUCUUCUGGCCUGGAAUGCCCCAACAGAAGACUGCUUCCCUCGCCAUAAAGUUCAGCUUAAGUUGGACCUGUUUGAAAUUGUGGCAUCACCGAAUGAGGGUUUUGUUAGGCAGAACCUCACUAUUUUUUAUAAAAACAGGCUUGGGUUAUACCCCUACUUAGAAAAGGAAGGUUCUGAUGUGAAGAGGGUGAAUGAUGGACUUCCCCAGUUAGCCAGUUUAAAUCAGCACCUGAUGAAGAUGCCAGAAGGGGUAAACAAGUACAUCCGUGACCCUACAGCCCGAGGCUUGGCGGUCAUCGACUGGGAGGAGUGGCGACCUCUUUGGAUUCGGAACUGGGAUACUAAAGAUAUAUACCGGAACCUGUCCCGUCGUCUUGUUGCUGAGAAGAAUUCUACGUGGCCCAUGGACAAGGUGAACAAAAUGGCCCAGCAAGAGUUUGAGGCGUCAGCCAGGAAGUUUAUGCUUGAGACCCUGAGGCUGGCGAAAACCUUGCGGCCUGAACAGCUAUGGGGCUUCUACCUCUUCCCAGACUGCUACAACCAUGACUACAAGAACAGUCUGGAGAACUACACAGGGCGCUGUCCUGAUGUGGAGAUGACACGAAAUGACCACCUGGAAUGGCUGUGGACAGAGAGUACAGCCCUAUUCCCCUCCAUUUACAUGGGAAAAGUCUUGCGCUCGACCUCUUUUGGUCGUCAGUUUGUCCGCAACCGAGUGAAAGAAGCCAUGAGACUGGCUUCAGCUGGAGAUGGGCUGGCACGCCCAGUCUUCGUCUACACACGACCUACCUACAUAAAUGUGUUGGAUCUGCUGACAGAGACUGAUCUGGUUUCCACUAUUGGAGAGAGUGUGGCCCUCGGAGCUGCAGGUAUCAUCUUCUGGGGAGAGGCUACUUACGCCAGUACCAAGGAGAGCUGCACCAGUCUGAACAGGUACCUGCAAGAAUCUCUGGCAAGGUACCUGCUCAACGUCACCACUGCGGCAGAGCACUGUAGCAGGGUGCUCUGCGGCUCGCGUGGCCGCUGUCUGCGGCGGCAUCCUAACACCGACGUCUACCUGCACCUCGAUCCCCGUAACCACACCAUCCUGCAGAGGGAUGGCAGCCUGAAAGUGGAGGGCCAUCUCAGUCCUGAGGAGGAGGACCUGUACCGUGCAAAAUUCCGCUGCCAGUGUUACAGUGGCUACACUGAUGCAUCCUGCACCCUCCCAGGCACUGCACCCGUACUCUGCCCAUGUUUGCUGGCCAUGCUGUUGCCUCUGUUUCUGCUUUUAUGACCUCGGAGUUUCCCCAUCUUGACAGAUGGUUUUUAUGGCUGUUAAACUAACAGCUAUGAAGGACUUGCAAGAUAGAUGGUAAUUGUUUACAGAGAUCUCUCUUGCCCUGUUUUUCCACUUGUAUGUGGAUUCUCAAGUUUACAGUAGCAGUCAAAAGUGUGCACACCGAAAUCAGCCUUUUUAUGUUUGUAUUAGCUAAAAUAGAUGAAUCACAGAACAUUUUUACCUUUAAGGCCUUUAACUUAGCUAAUACAACACUUAGGCCCUAUUCACACUUUGUUCUAAAACACAUCUCGGGCAGUUGGAUCAUAAAUCGACAGCUGAGACGCAUCGCCAUUUAUACUUGUGCCGGUCAUGCACAAAAUGUUCAGAUUUAGUUAUUGCCCUGCACACAGUUACGUCCUUGUCAGGGGUACUUUAGGACGCAUUAAUGUUUACACUACAAAAGAGGAGUGGUCAAAUGCAUCCCACACCUCCUUGGCAAAUGGUUUGCGUGGUUGGGUCACAAUGCGUCUUAGUGGUCGUUUACGCUUGUAUUUAGUGCCGUCUCUGUGCCAUCUGAUUGCCCAGGAUGCAUUUUAAAAGCAAGUGCAAAUGGGGCCUUAGUUAUUUACGCUUGUACACUCAUUCAUAUUUUGCCGAUGAGCCAUUUGAAUAUAUCAGUGUUUGUGCUUGGAUAAGGCUCUUUCAAAUUAGACUGAAUUUUGCAAUUAUAUCCCUGUUUUUUGCAAAAGCGCACAAUCAAAUUGUAAGGGCAUCUCUUCUAAUGUUCUGUAGGCUUGAGAUCAGAGUCCUAGCUGGACCCUUUACAGACCUUUUAUCUUCCUUUUAAGGCCGAGUUUGCUGUGUGAUUCAGGUUGUGUUGAAAAGUGAAAUUCAGCUUCCUUGCAGAGGGAAAUUGUUGUUUUGUGAGUGUGUUUUUGAGGUCCUGUCUCGUAAAGAAAAGCAGUUCCACAGCAUAAUGCUGCCAUGUUCUCUGUUUGAGGAGCUAUAUUGGUGUUAGUCAAACAACUUUUGGAAUUAAGUUGCCUAACGGUCUGAUGAGACCAAAGUUAAUUUCAUGCACAAAGACAUCAGAGUCUCUCAACGCUUAUGUGGACUCAUCUUCAUCCUACCCCACAGCUUAGUCUUGUGGAGAAUGUGAAAUUGCUGUGAUUUGUGGUGUAUGGCCAGUUACUUCGAUACCUAUCUAUCACUGCAGCUUCUGCUGUAAGCCCCUCAGCCUAGUCGAUAGCAUUCUCCCUACCCUGCACUGCCGUCAGCUUUGGAGGGAUGGCUUGAUCUUUGCAGUCUACUGUCAGUGCUGCAUUUCCUCUACUUCUUAAUUACUUUUAUAGUGAUCCAAGACGUAAUCAUUUAGUGGCUGUUUUAUAUCCCACAUCUGAUCCAUAUUAUUCAUCAGUAAGAAUACCAUUAAUCUUUUGUCAGUUCCUUUUGCCUGGUUAUCAUCUCUGUAUUGAACAACCAUGGACACUUUGCGGUAAUCGUGAAGGGCAGGGGGCAGUGUAUGGCCUGUGAUCAGAAGGUCACUGGUUCACACCCCAGCCUUGGCAGAAUAGUCACAGCUCCAUUUGGCCUUUAAUCAAGGCCCUUAACCAGCUGGAUGAAUGGCUUGACCUUGCCCUCUUAACUGUAUAUACUGCACUGUGUAAAAGUCUUAGGCAGUCAAAGGGAAUGUUUGAAGUAAUACACCUGGGCACUAAGUGUAUAUUUACUAAAAACAAAAAAUAUAAUUUAACAUCGGAACAUCUGCAAAUUACAUAACACAAGAAGAAGAAGGUUUUCUUCUGUUCUCCAAAAAGUAAGAUGUCUUGUUGGCCAGAAGAGCACAGCUUCAGUCUCCAAACCUCUCCUCUGGGGCACCUCGGCCAUUCCAUGUAUUCCUUAAAUUUCAGCUCACUUGGUUAAUUCAUUUGCUGUAUGGCGGCAAGACAUGGAUGGAUCCAUUGACCUGAUACAUAGACUGGACUCUUGGUGUUGUGUCUCUUUGGAGAAUUCUUGGGUACCGCUGGUUUGACUUUGUGUCGAACGAGCAGUUGCUCAGGGAGUCCCGAAUGAGGCACAUUACCUGCAUUGUGAGGGAGCGUCAGUUACGGCACUACGCCAUGUGGCGAGAUUCCCUGAGGGUCAUCCAGCUCAUUGCUGAGGACCUGAGUGGCUGGACCAGGCCAAGGGAACACCCACGUAACACCUGACUGCGGCAGAUAAAUGGCCAUUUCCGAAAGGUCGGAUUGGACCGCGUGUUGGCCUGGGGGGUCACCAACUGAGGUGUUUCGUCAUGUGGUGGGUGCGCUUUCCCAGUACAUGCUCCCUGACCCGACCUGAGGUAUUGGUUACCCAUUUGAUGUGUGCUAGUAGUCAAGUCAAAAAUACAUGGAUCUAUUGGAUGGUUGCUACAAAUAUGUGGUGACUAUAGGAACACUUUUGAAAUGGGUAAGCUAGCACACGUUGACAGACAUGCUUAUAUUGACAGGAAGAUCAUUUGAACAUUAUUAUUAUUAUUUUCAGAAGAAUAGCUGAUUUUACUUGGGACUGAUCAGAUUCACCUGAAUUCAUGUUGAUUGAAAGAGAGUUAUCUUUUUGUAUCAAACCUGAAAUUUUAAAAACGGCAUGUAGACUUUCAAUAUGACCUGUGUCAACUUAACAUGUCCAAACUCAAAAGGUAACAAACCAGCCUUGAAUAUGAAUUCAAGUAAACAAUCAUUAGUAGAGCCGCAGCAUCCAUCUUGUUUUAAAACUUUUUCUUUUAGUGGAAAUAGUAUGUCUUUAAAACACAAGAAUAAACCACGAAAGCUUCGUUAUAAAAACUCCAUAUUCUGCUGUUUCCUGAGUUCUGCUGAAAAGUUCAGGAUUAGUUUCUCAAGUCUUCCGGUCCAGGUCAUUCUUCCUUGGAGGGGAUGGGACUUCUAAUGGGUCCAUUUCCAGCUCCUAAAAUGCCACCAUUUGGCCUUCUACUGUUUUUCAAGCCUCAGGCUUUUGUAAACCCCACAGACUGUGUGCAUCAUGUCUCCUAUUCCCCCCUGCAGACAGCAGUUAAGGUGCCUAGGCCACAGCUGUGUGCAUAUUCAGGGGCUUGGGGUUACACUGGAAUGGCAGGGAAAACAGGUUUCAACUAUUUUAUAAUUUAUAUUGUUGAAGAUACAGAUUUAUAUAUAUGUGUAUUUCUAGUGCUUGAUAUUUUUCUGGAAGAAACUGGAAUACUGCAAGUCUUGCUUUUUAUGUUUCCACCUGUGCAGUUGUUUCCUGCAGUGUACUACAGUCUACAGUCAUUGUACUGUCUACAGUCAUUGUAGGUGUACGCUCUACCUUUUGUGGACAAUUUGCUGCCAUUGUAUUAUGAUUUUUUUUGUUAAUGUUUCUUUCUUUGUAGCCUAACAAGCAUACAACCGAUAAAGUGUGGAGGAUGUGUCCUUGUGUUUUAACAAGAAAGCAUCUUUGCUCUGGUUUAGUGAGUGAAUCCACAAACCGGCCUGUUGAGGAGCAGUGUGAUCUUGUUUCUGUUUCACUUUCCCUUAAAACAAGCGUGGGCUUUGUAUUUUUAAAAGAACUUUUCCAUAACCGUAUUUUGUGAUAGUUAUUGGUUUCUUGUUCAUUGUAGGGCUUAACAUUGCAUUUUUUAAACUGUAUCACUUUGAUCUCAAUCAUUGCACCUAUAGAGAAAUUUAACCUCCCAGGAAAAUUUUAGCUGCAAACUCUAAGCACUGAUACUCAGUCUUUCUCCAAAUUAAUUAAUUUAUUUUGUGUUAUGUUCUUGGCACACUUACCUAGCAUUUAUUGGAUAAUUUGUAGCUAUUUCAUUGUGACUCUUCCUAAUUUAUCAUAAUUAAUUGUAUAGUUACAUAUGAGUGAAGAUUCCUGCUCAUCAGGCUUUAUCAUUGUCCUCACACAGAUUUCUGCACUUUGCAAAUGAAGGCUGGAAUGAACUAUUAAAAUGCAGUGGAUUUAGAAGAUGGUGUAUGUUUAAAUUUUUUUUUUUUUAAUAUGAACUGUUGUCAGAGUUAUCUCAUGCGGUGUUGUAUUACAUUGAUUUUGUUUUACUUUACAUCUGUUUGCUAUAAAUAUUUCACGUUUCACUGAUGUUUUCUCUGUAUAGUUUGUUUUUCAUAGGAUAAAUAAAUAUUUUUUCCUUAAGUGCUUAAAAUAUGAUCAGA